AAGCCUUACAAAAUUUAGAAAUGUUAACAGUGGAAACUGAAACGGUUCUACAGAAUAUAGAAGCAGAUAAUAUAAAUCAAAUUAGAGCCCAGUGUAGUAACAUUUUAAGAACUGAGUUAAAGUCAAUUAAAAAUGCACCUAAUAAAACUGAAGGUGAUUUCAAUUCUACACUAAUUAAAUCUAUAAAAAAUAAAUUACAAAAUUCAAACUUAACCCUGACAAAAGCUGACAAAGGAAACUGUGUUGUUAUCUUAAAUAAAAAUGACUAUGACACUAAAGUGACUCAAUUUAUCCAAGAAAAUAAUUUUCGAAAACAGAGUGCAAGAUUACCAUCAUUUAUCAAAAAAGUGAAUGACACCUUAAAAUUUUGUACAAAUUUAAUCAAUCCUCAAUUAAGAUAUUUUCUUUCAGCUAACAACACAAAUGUUCCUAAACUUUAUGGCCUUCUUAAAGUUCAUAAAUCAGAUAUACCUGCUUCAAUGCCCAUAAGACCGGUGGUAGCAUACACUAACUCUCCAACAUAUAAAUUAGCUAAAUGGCUUAAUAAUCACUUAAUUACUACUAUAGAUUGUCACUUUCCCUACACUAUAAAAAAUAAUAUUCAACUUGUGGACAAAAUCAAAGAUAUCAUUAUCCCUGAAAAUGCCUUUUUUAUCUCUCUAGAUGUAACAAAUCUCUUUACUAACAUUCCUAUAUUCGAGGUAGUGGAUAUUAUUAAAAACAAAUUAUUUAAUUCUACAUUGACCAAUAUCGAAACACAAGAAAUAAUAAAUAUCCUAGAAAUUUGCUUAAAACAAAAUUUCUUUAAUUUUGAUAAUGAAACCUAUAUACAAGAGGAUGGCCUAGCCAUGGGAUCUCCAUUAUCCCCCCUCUUAGCUGAUACAUUUAUGAAUCACUUCGAAAGUAAUAAUAUUUUGAAUAACAACCCCUACCUAUCUAAUAUACUGUAUUAUUAUAGAUAUGUAGAUGACUGCAUUUUAUUAUGGAAUGGCAAUAAACAACAUCUUAGUGAUUUUCUAUCAUUCAUUAAUAACAUUCAUCCAAAAAUAAAAUUUACAUUAGAAGUGGAAAUCAAUAAAACCAUAACCUUUUUAGACUUACUUAUUAAAAACGUAAAUAAUAAACAUGAUUUUGAGAUAUAUAGAAAACCUAGCCACACUGGAACAAUCAUACACAAUGAGUCAUUCCAUCCUUUUUCACAUAAAGCAGCAGCUUUAAAUAGUUAUGUAAAUAGAGCACUACAGAUUCCUCAAACAACUGAAAGCAGGGAUAGAGAGUUGAAUAUUAUCAAACAAAUUGCCCAAACUCAUAAUUUUUCUCCCAAUUUAGUAGACAAAAUAAAAAAUAAAUUUCUAUUACGUAAUGCGUUCCAAAAUGUCUACAUACCACAUCAAACAAUAUUAAGUAAUCAGCCAGUAAAUAAGUUCAUUUCACUUACAUACAAUGGAGCAGUUUCUUAUAAAAUCCAACGAGUUCUAACUUCUUUAAAUGUUAAGGUUGCCUUUAAAUCGAGCAAUUCAUUAGGUAACUUAUUGAUUAAUAAUAAAGACAAAACGGAUCCGUUAUCUUGUAAAGGAAUUUAUAAGCUUUAUUGUGAGUGUGGUUAUUUUUAUGUAGGUAGAACGAAGCGUAGUUUUAAAGCUCGGUUUAGCGAACAUGACCGAUGCAUUAGACAAAACAAUCCUGAGUCUUUAUUUGCUAAGCAUAUUAUGGAGACCGGUCACCCAUCGAAUCUACUAGAUAAUUACAAGAUCUUACAUAGAGUUCAGGACAACAUAAAUCUAAAUAAUCUUGAAUUACUCGAGAUUAAAAGAUCUCUCAAAAAAGAAUAUGAUAAAUCUCUUAAUAUUCAGAUUAACAUUCCUGAAACUAAUUUAAUUAAUAUUUUAUUUGAAUAACUCUUCCCUCCCUUUCCGGUUAAUUUAUUUUAAUAUAAACCCCGUUGUUUUCUUAAUAUAAACUGGUAGAGACAUCUGUUUAACAGUUUUAAAAUAUUUUAAAGUUACUGUGGGUACCGCUAUCUAGUACCCAUUCGGUUAUAGGAUAUAAAAUAUAGAUUUCUUUGUAACGUUCUUUCUUAAUUAUGAAAACUAGAUAUAGAUGACUCUGUUGGUCAGAUUAGUUUGAAUGGCGGUUAUCAUAGUUUUUAGAUCGUUUUGUCUAUUGUGUUGUAACGGUGCUUUUUAGAUGUUAUUGUUUUAAACCUAAGUGUAUUAUUUGUUAUCUUACGAUAAGAUUUACUUGCUUAAUUUUAGCUGUACCGUUCUAUAUGUGCUUUUGUUUUGUUUUGACAAAUCUCGUUUUUAACAAUUCCUCGACCUGAUGAUGCGAUGAUAUUGUAAUCGCGAAACCGGUCGUCAUAAUAAAAGGAAUUUCUGGUGAAAUAAGACCUUUAAUUUCUACUGUGUUUGCUAGCAAAUACCUAUAAAAAUACAUCCCAGAACAUGGACACCAUUCUCCAAACUAUUAAUUCUGCGAGUCUGGCAGAUUGUGUUCGACGUUACGAGAGGCUAAUGGUAAAAAAGACAUGUAAGAAUACAAGUAUAUACUUCAACAACCAGUGCCUGAAGUGGAAACUUACCCCCAAGUAUAUACAUAUCAAGCUCAACCAACAAAGGUUAUCUAACAGGAACAGCCGCUUAUUAAAUACACUGAGAGGUAAUUUUAUAAGAGAAGAGAUUAGAAAAAGUUAUAUUAUCAUUAAUAAUAUAGACAUUCAACUUAAAUGUAUUUAUGAUAGACUAAGAACAGGGCUAUCUUUUCAAGAACUCAAUAAUAUUUUAGGAAAUAUUUCUUGUAAAAUGCAACACUUAAAAAACACAAAAAUUGUAUCUUUACAAAGAAAACUUAGUAAACUAAAACAAGAAAAACAGAUUGCUUUCAACAGACCUUCGAUAGAACAAUUUGAUGUUAUACAUAAAUUUCAUAAACCUUGUCUUAACUUUUCUAAUACAACUUUUAAUAAUAAAGAAUUAGCACUUUUAUCUAGGGGUUUGAAAUACAGACCGGUCAUCCAUAAUAAAAAAGAAGCCUUACAAAAUUUAGAAAUGUUAACAGUGGAAACUGAAACGGUUCUACAGAAUAUAGAAGCAGAUAAUAUAAAUCAAAUUAGAGCCCAGUGUAGUAACAUUUUAAGAACUGAGUUAAAGUCAAUUAAAAAUGCACCUAAUAAAACUGAAGGUGAUUUCAAUUCUACACUAAUUAAAUCUAUAAAAAAUAAAUUACAAAAUUCAAACUUAACCCUGACAAAAGCUGACAAAGGAAACUGUGUUGUUAUCUUAAAUAAAAAUGACUAUGACACUAAAGUGACUCAAUUUAUCCAAGAAAAUAAUUUUCGAAAACAGAGUGCAAGAUUACCAUCAUUUAUCAAAAAAGUGAAUGACACCUUAAAAUUUUGUACAAAUUUAAUCAAUCCUCAAUUAAGAUAUUUUCUUUCAGCUAACAACACAAAUGUUCCUAAACUUUAUGGCCUUCUUAAAGUUCAUAAAUCAGAUAUACCUGCUUCAAUGCCCAUAAGACCGGUGGUAGCAUACACUAACUCUCCAACAUAUAAAUUAGCUAAAUGGCUUAAUAAUCACUUAAUUACUACUAUAGAUUGUCACUUUCCCUACACUAUAAAAAAUAAUAUUCAACUUGUGGACAAAAUCAAAGAUAUCAUUAUCCCUGAAAAUGCCUUUUUUAUCUCUCUAGAUGUAACAAAUCUCUUUACUAACAUUCCUAUAUUCGAGGUAGUGGAUAUUAUUAAAAACAAAUUAUUUAAUUCUACAUUGACCAAUAUCGAAACACAAGAAAUAAUAAAUAUCCUAGAAAUUUGCUUAAAACAAAAUUUCUUUAAUUUUGAUAAUGAAACCUAUAUACAAGAGGAUGGCCUAGCCAUGGGAUCUCCAUUAUCCCCCCUCUUAGCUGAUACAUUUAUGAAUCACUUCGAAAGUAAUAAUAUUUUGAAUAACAACCCCUACCUAUCUAAUAUACUGUAUUAUUAUAGAUAUGUAGAUGACUGCAUUUUAUUAUGGAAUGGCAAUAAACAACAUCUUAGUGAUUUUCUAUCAUUCAUUAAUAACAUUCAUCCAAAAAUAAAAUUUACAUUAGAAGUGGAAAUCAAUAAAACCAUAACCUUUUUAGACUUACUUAUUAAAAACGUAAAUAAUAAACAUGAUUUUGAGAUAUAUAGAAAACCUAGCCACACUGGAACAAUCAUACACAAUGAGUCAUUCCAUCCUUUUUCACAUAAAGCAGCAGCUUUAAAUAGUUAUGUAAAUAGAGCACUACAGAUUCCUCAAACAACUGAAAGCAGGGAUAGAGAGUUGAAUAUUAUCAAACAAAUUGCCCAAACUCAUAAUUUUUCUCCCAAUUUAGUAGACAAAAUAAAAAAUAAAUUUCUAUUACGUAAUGCGUUCCAAAAUGUCUACAUACCACAUCAAACAAUAUUAAGUAAUCAGCCAGUAAAUAAGUUCAUUUCACUUACAUACAAUGGAGCAGUUUCUUAUAAAAUCCAACGAGUUCUAACUUCUUUAAAUGUUAAGGUUGCCUUUAAAUCGAGCAAUUCAUUAGGUAACUUAUUGAUUAAUAAUAAAGACAAAACGGAUCCGUUAUCUUGUAAAGGAAUUUAUAAGCUUUAUUGUGAGUGUGGUUAUUUUUAUGUAGGUAGAACGAAGCGUAGUUUUAAAGCUCGGUUUAGCGAACAUGACCGAUGCAUUAGACAAAACAAUCCUGAGUCUUUAUUUGCUAAGCAUAUUAUGGAGACCGGUCACCCAUCGAAUCUACUAGAUAAUUACAAGAUCUUACAUAGAGUUCAGGACAACAUAAAUCUAAAUAAUCUUGAAUUACUCGAGAUUAAAAGAUCUCUCAAAAAAGAAUAUGAUAAAUCUCUUAAUAUUCAGAUUAACAUUCCUGAAACUAAUUUAAUUAAUAUUUUAUUUGAAUAACUCUUCCCUCCCUUUCCGGUUAAUUUAUUUUAAUAUAAACCCCGUUGUUUUCUUAAUAUAAACUGGUAGAGACAUCUGUUUAACAGUUUUAAAAUAUUUUAAAGUUACUGUGGGUACCGCUAUCUAGUACCCAUUCGGUUAUAGGAUAUAAAAUAUAGAUUUCUUUGUAACGUUCUUUCUUAAUUAUGAAAACUAGAUAUAGAUGACUCUGUUGGUCAGAUUAGUUUGAAUGGCGGUUAUCAUAGUUUUUAGAUCGUUUUGUCUAUUGUGUUGUAACGGUGCUUUUUAGAUGUUAUUGUUUUAAACCUAAGUGUAUUAUUUGUUAUCUUACGAUAAGAUUUACUUGCUUAAUUUUAGCUGUACCGUUCUAUAUGUGCUUUUGUUUUGUUUUGACAAAUCUCGUUUUUAACAAUUCCUCGACCUGAUGAUGCGAUGAUAUUGUAAUCGCGAAACCGGUCGUCAUAAUAAAAGGAAUUUCUGGUGAAAUAAGACCUUUAAUUUCUACUGUGUUUGCUAGCAAAUACCUAUAAAAAUACAUCCCAGAACAUGGACACCAUUCUCCAAACUAUUAAUAAUUUUUAGUUAUUUUAUAAACAUAUGUAUAUUAUUUUAGCAUUACAGAUAACAACUAUAAUUAUCGUCAACUAGCGGUACUUUAAUAUUAUAUAGUUAAAAGUUAAGGAGUU